GAUCCAGAUCAUGUAGUCGAAGAGCAGCGGAAGGUGUUUCCGUACCAGUUUUUGGGGCAUUUCACGCAUUUAAUGCGAUACUAUUGAUCACCGAACUACUACGACACUUCUCAGAGGGACUUAUAGGAACACGUCGUGUACAACUCGGGCUGCACGCGGCGGCUUCGGGCACUUCAGACAGGCGCUCGUGUCCCCUCCGCGAGCUAGCGACGUAGGAGACGCGCGUGCGCCCCUCCUCCCCAGCAGCUGUCGUGUGCGCGCGACGCCGAGCAGUCCGCAUGCUGUGUAUGUUGUAUGUUGUAUGUAGGCGCCCGGAGUAAAAGCCCCUCAUGAUUCCCGCGAAACGCAGAAAGCUGGGAGCCCCCGCUGCUGGCCCCGUGGCUGACGUCAUCAGGUUCCCGCACGUGGCCGUUUUCCUGCUGGAAAAGAGAAUGGGGGCCAGUCGUAGAGCUUUCCUCACCGGACUCGCCAGGAGCAAAGGAUUCCGCUUAGAGGACUCUUACAGUCCGGCCGUUACGCACGUCGUGUCGGAGAAGAACUCCGGGGACGAGGUGCAGGCCUGGCUGGAGACCCAGACUCCCGCAGGAGACGCCGACAGAUCAGUCCACCUGCUCAAUAUGACCUGGUUCACAGAGAGCAUGGCAGCAGGACAUCCGGUGAAGAUCGAGAGCAGACAUCGGCUGCAGGUAAAGGCAAAGUCCGGUCCGAGUGCAGUUACGAACACGAUGGGUGCCUACGCGUGUCAGAGGAAGACGCCAUUGGAGCAUCACAACGCCGUCCUCACUGAUGCUCUACUGCUGCUGGCGGAAAACGCGGAUUUCUGCACGAACGAAGGGAGGAGUGUUGCGUUCAAGAGGGCAGCUUCGGUUCUGAAGGCCCUCCCAGGGCCCGUGCGUCGCAUGGAGGAGCUCCAGGGCCUCCCAUGUCUGGGGGAGCACUGUCAAAGGGUCAUCAAGGAGAUCCUGGAGCACGGUGCUUCGAGCGAGGUGGAGAUGACACGUCACUCUGAACACUACCAGGCAAUGAAGGCACUGACCGGGAUUUUUGGUGUUGGGGUGAAAACCGCCGAGCAGUGGCACCGGGCGGGGAUUCGCCACCCUGCAGAUCUUGUGUCGUCGGAGCACAAGUUGAACCGUGCGCAACGAGCAGGUGUGGAAUACUACGAGCACCUCCGCGUUCCUGUCACGAAAGCGGAAGCUGACCGCAUUGGCGAAAUUGUGAAGAGGGCCGUGGACGCCGUGCUCCUGGGGGCGGAGAUCACUCUAACUGGCGGCUUCAGGAGGGGGAAGCAGACUGGUCAUGAUGUGGACUUCCUCAUCACGCACCCAGAUGAGGGCCGGGAGGAGGGGCUGCUGCCCAAAGUCGUGAGCUGGCUGGAGGCUCGGGACUUGUUGCUUUACCAGAAGACCAAUAAGAACUCCUAUUUGGAAGCUAAAGAAUGGCCAGCCCGUCCUCCAAGCAAUAUGGACCGUUUCGAGAGGUGCUUCUCCAUCUUCAAGCUGCAGCGUCCGUGGGCUGCUCUCGAGGAGCCCCCCCAGAGCGGGGAGCGAGGAGCGGCCGAGACCCCCGGCUGGAAAGCCGUGAGGGUCGACCUUGUUGUCACGCCUGUUAGCCAGUUUGCGUUCGCCCUGCUUGGCUGGACCGGAUCUCAGCUCUUUGAACGGGACUUGCGCAGGUGGGCAGGACAGAAGGGCAUGUCGCUGAGCAGCCAUGCGCUGUAUGACUGUGAACAGAAGCGAUACCUGCGUGCCACCUCCGAGGAGGAGAUCUUCGCCCAUCUGGGUCUCGAGUACAUCCCCCCCGGGGAGAGGAAUGCCUGACCCCCCACCCCCCCAGGAACCCAUUGGAAAGAGCUCUGAUACUGAUAGAGAUGGGAAGCUGGUAGUCGGACUCGGAGCGGUUUGAACACUCUGCUUUUUACCUCCUCGUUUUUGGACAGAAACCCUGCUAGUCCUGUUCUGAAUUAAGAGACCACUGCUCUCCACAUGUUGGACACUGUCCACUGGCUGGGUUUCAAAGCAUAACUCACGGCACGGGUCUCCCAGGGAACGGCCUGCGUGACCGACGUGUGUUGAAAGUUGUUUUUUGCCCAGAGCAAAUUGCUCUUUUGUUGGAGCCGCUGUCCUCUCAUAUGAUGGGUGGGAAAAAAACAUUUUACCAAACAAUUUUAAAUGAAGGGGAAGUCGGGUCUUAAAAAGCUCUGCUGAAUGAAAUUAAGGGUUUUUUUUUUUUUUUAAAUUUCACAACUGUAUGCGGGAGCUGAUGCGGUAAACUGUCCUGCGUUCCUAUUCGGGUAGGAACCCUCAGUGUAGUGGACGCUUCUAGAGACACGUUUCCGUAAACAGGGUUUUGUGAAGCUCAUCUUGUCAAAGAACCUGGAGCUCUGUGACAUGAUGUGACACUUUGUAUUCAGGCUCGUUCUGGGGGGAAAAACAGCUCUGCUGUACAAAUAUCAGCAUCCGGUUCUGGAUCUGCUGACUAUGAGCAUGACAUGACUUCAGUAAAACACGUGAUAUCUUUUUAUGUGUUACUGGUUUCCUCUUUUCGAACACUGGUGUGGUCGUGCCUGUUGAGUUCUAUUGGAGAACGGGCAAGUUCUCAGCGUCCAAGUAUUCGGUAUAAAUACGUAUUGC